UCAUACUUCGAACAAAUAACUAAAAUGUUCAAUAGCAGAUAUCUUUAAUUAAAACACGCACUAAACCCAAAGGCCUCAUUUAUCUCGUUUGAGCUUAACCAUCAUACCUAUGCAUAUACCACUGAUAUCCUAUAGUACCAGUUUUGUAAGGAAACCGGUUUUUUCAUAUUACACUUAUGUACAUACACAUCCGUACUCGACGUAUCUAAAAUAGUCAGCCAGUUUCACCCGCGCUGUUGCGAACAGCGUUUAUUAAAUUAGCGGUUGCUGGAUCAAUACGUCUAUCAAUUCGAUGUUUAAAACGUUACCAAAUCCUUAGAUACCUAAAUUAUUAAAUAGCGACCACCCGAAAAGGGCAGUAGAAAAUUUAUCGAAAAAUAUAAUAUUUUAUUUAAAGCUGACCAAUUAUGGAUUACUUAAGCGGCUGGUGCAAGAGUGGCAGGAGGCUGGAAGGAAUGACAGCCAUCGUAACGGGCAGCAACACGGGCAUCGGCAGAGAAACGGCCCUGGAUUUAUAUUUGAGAGGCUGCCGUGUCAUUAUGGCAUGUCGCGAUACUAAUAAAGCAAAUGUGGCCAAAUCCGAAAUUGAGACAUUACAUGAAAGUACUGAAGGAAAAGGUAGUCUGAUAGUUCGAAAACUGGAUACCUCCAGCCUGAACUCCGUGCGCGAGUUCGCAUCCCUGGUGUUAGCCGAGGAAGGCAAGGUUGAGAUCCUAGUGAACAAUGCUGGAGUCAUGAUGGCGCCGCGGGGCAUCUCGGAAGACGGGUUCGAAAUGCACAUGGCCACGAACCACUUUGGACACGCUCUGCUCACGCUCCUGUUGUUGCCGAAGCUUGCUAGCUGCACUCACGCCAGGGUCGUGUUCGUGUCGUCAAUUGUACACGAACGUGCAGAGUUGGAUUUCGGUGAUAUGAACUAUGAAACUACAAAAUAUGAUCCUCUAACGGCCUAUUGUCGCAGCAAAGUCGCAAAUGUAUUGUUUGCUCGAGCCCUUUCUCAAAAAUUACGGCAGGAUUACAACAUAGCGAACGUGAGCACAUACAGCCUGCACCCCGGCGUCAUCAGCACCGAGAUCGGCCGGCACUUCAGCGACACCUACUUCCCUGGCACGACAUGGAUCUUCGACAACAUACUGUCCUGGUUCUCCAAGUCGCCUCGCUGCGGGGCGCAGACCUCCAUAUACUGCGCACUGGAUGAAAAGUGCGCUGAUCAGUCCGGACUUUAUUACAGCGACUGUGCGGUAAAGGCUUCGUCAAAAUAUAGCCAAAACUACGCUAACGCUGAAGAACUUUGGAAUGUGACCUUAACAUCUCUAAAGAUAAGUCAAGAUACCUUGUUUAGCGACUUGGCAACUGACGUUACUCACCUAUAGACAUAAAAUAAAAGAACAUGAAUGGAUUUAGAGUGAAUGAGGGGACAGUGGUUCGGUAGAAAACAGUUGGAUACAGUGGCUCAAGCUAUUACACAUAUUGGUCUAGCAAUUACAUACAUCUUAAGCCAGCGUUCCCUACUUUACCCUAUUCCACGCGAUCGACAUAAUGGAAAUAUGUAGUAAGUAUGCCUUUGUAAAUAGGUAAAAUCCGUUGCCCGCGUUUGCGACAGUUGGUGUUUCUCAUACCUACGAGUAUGUACUUUAUUGUACCUGAUAUAUUAUAAAAUAAUACAAUUAUUAUUCGAGUAUGUAGGUAUGUAGGCACUGUUAUACACGACAAAUAUUAUAGUAAUAGCAGAGUGAUUCUGCUCUGCUAUUACUAUAAUAUUUGUAAUAUUUUAUAAUAUAAGGCAGUAUGGUGUAAUAGGUAUAUACUUUUCACCACACCAACUGUUAAAGAUCAAUUUUGCUAUUCGAAAACGGAUAGCAAAAUUGCAUUUUAUCCACAAGAGUGCAAAGUAAUCUCAUACAAAUUUUAACUUGAUGUCUUAU